AUGUCCCACCCUGAGAGUUAUGCGAAGUUGACUGGCGUACUCAAUUUGGGCAUGAUUAUUAUCAUUUGCGCAAACGCUUCUUUGGCUUUCUUUGGCUUUUUGAAAUUUGGCGAAAAUGCAGAGGGUAGCAUUACUUUAAACAUCCCGGAUCGACAAUAUUGGUUCGCCCCGAUAAAACCACUGUUUAUCAUCGCUAUAGUCGUGUCCUACCUGGUGCAGUACUACAUCCCUGCGGCAAUAUUCACUCGGUUGAUGGAAAAGUUGCGUUUCCAUCGCACUGCAUCCACGAAACGACGAUCUGUUCAUCUGACGGCCAUGCGCAUCCUCCUCGUUCUGUUCACCUACCUCGUCGUGAUCACUAUACCGAAGCUGGAAUUGAUGAUCUCGCUAAUCGGCUCGUUUUCCAGCUCUCUACUGGCCCUUGUCAUGCCACCUGCCCUGGAGAUUGUUCAUCUUUGGCCCGAUAGACACUCUAUACGGCUGUUUUGGCUCACGGUCGUAGCGAAACAUUGUAUCUUUAUCACAGUCGGGUUGAUUACUUUUGUCGGUGGCACCACAGCCACAGUGACUCAGCUAAUUCUCGAGUUCCGACUUCCGUCAGUUGCACCAUCAUCAGCCUGACAUAACACAGUUUCUAUUCUAUACCUCCACCUAAUUUGUACUUACUCUUCGCACACUUUACGAAACCACAAUUAAUGCCCGAUGCAAUUCUUUCAAAUCAUCUCCACAUCUGUUUUUUCCAUCCAUUGUCUGGUUGGGUUUCUUUUUGAUGGGGUCUACUCCAUAGAUCAUCUUGUUUGUGUGCGUGCUGACACUGCACGGAGGCAUCGCAGUCUCCGUCCUCUUGUCAUCAUACUGCCUUUGUCAAACGCCUAAUUCCGUUUGCACUCCCAAGCAGAACCACCUAUGGAUAUGCACCUGAUUAUCAUCUGUGCUUCCUGUAAUUUGAAAUGUGGUUUAUGGAAAAGUAAGCCGGUGCAGCCUAACACUGUGUUACUUCACAAAUUCGGCAUCUACUCGCCACUUGUUUGUAUUUAAACACCCAGAAAUCAGUGGACAGGUGAACAGUGCAGCUUAUGCAAACCCAGCAUUCUUGAU